CUUGCCUGCGCCAGUCGGCCUGUCCGAGCGCGUCCGUGUGUAUCCUGUCUGAAACCUCCCGCGCCUGGCAACCUGUGGGUGGGUUAGUUUUUCUCGGCAGUGAAGUCUCUCGGAAGGAUUCACUGCCUGCGGUUAUUGCAGUGGCGUGUCGCUUGUGACAUCCCCGUGAAACUAAGGACCGAGGUUUUAUGAACAAUAUGUGAUUGUAUGAUGAGUGAUAAGCUCCGUGACGUUACUAAAUCUAAACAAAACGACUCAUGACUUCACCACGUGGAUGAACAAGCGUCACUAAUCGAGAUAAGAGAAAAAAAGGAAGCCAAAAUAGCAUCUGUGUCUUCAGCAAGCUGGAUAAACUAAGUCACAUCACCAUGAGGGAUAAAUGGGAUUACGUCCUUACUCACAGCCUGCCUCCCAUUCAAGAAGACAUGUCCGUGGAACUGGCCUCUUACGGCUCAGAAAUACAAGGACCGGUGUUCGAGACUAGGAGUGGCAGAAUAGUCGAGUGGGAUGAGUGGGUGAUUAUCUUAGAGGACCAUACAUUCUCCAAAAAGGCAAGAAACCCAGUCUCCCUCGACAUGGCACAACGUGUAGCAAUAUCACGGGGAAUGGCAGCUUCGAGAGACGCAUCUCCUGCAGCUUCGCGAUGCAAUUCUCGCUUUACCACACCCAAGAAUUCACAGCCUCCCUCAAGAUAUGCAUCAAAGGAACUGAUUUCAUCAGGCAAUUUAGGCAACAGGAUCAGCAAUGGGCAUGAGGAGGUAGCAGUGCAACAUGCAUUAGACAACCAGACAAUUGCAGAUCCUGGGAUGAUGAAUGGCAAUAGGAGCUCCAAUUUGCUUUCUCCAGUUCAAGGUGGACAGCAUAGCAGAGGAUGGUACAGCUCUAAUAGUAACUUAACCUCAUCAGAUUCUACUCCUAGUUCUGAUCAAAACACAGACCCAGGUCAGGGCAUGGAUUCUUCCCCAGUAGCAGGGCCUCUGGAUGCACUUGGAUUCUCAGAAGAUGAAGACAACAGGAACACGUGCUUGUAUCGCAUGCCGAUUGUUGGUUACGAGGUCCUUGAAGAACGGUCUAGAUUUACGGUGUUCAAGAUACAAGUCCUUCAUCAGCCAACCGGUGACCAGUGGUUUGUCUUCCGGCGGUACACAGACUUUGUGCGUCUGAACAAGAAGCUGAAGUUGGAGUUCCCAGGCCUACGCUUUUCACUCCCACCUAAGAAAUGGUUUGGUGAUAACUUUGACCCAAUAUUCUUGGAAGAUAGGCAGUUGGGCUUACAAGCUUUUAUUGACAAUAUAAUUGGGCAUGCUAGAAUCCGAGAAAAGAAGUGCGUUCGUGACUUCUUUUGCCUUGAUGAUCCUCCAGGUGCUCAUGACACUUUAGAGGAGAGUCGGGCCAUGUGUCAGAGUCUGGAAGAAAAUGUUUCAUAUUUGCAAGAACAGCUCCGUGAAAAGGACAGUGAGAUUGCAAUUCUCCGAUCUCAAGUCAACUUCCUCAUGGCACAGCAGCAAACUCUUGUAAAAGCUCUAAGGUUAGAGUGUGAGUUGCAAAGUACAAAUGACCAUAGCCCAGGCUCCACACAUGAGCUAAAUUUAGCUCUCCUUAAUAUAUGUGAGAAGAGUAUCAAUGGAGGCUUCAGUAAUUCAAAUCUUUUAUCACCUGCAAGAAAUAGCGAGGGCAUGCCAUCUGGGGGCAGCACACCAGUCCAUAUGUUGAGCAAAGCCAGGAGUACCCCAGCUGUCACCUCACCUCUUACAAGAACACUAGAGAAGGCUUUUGUCACAGGCCCAGAGUCUCAGUCCAGCUUAACCUCAGUCAUCCAAGUCACACAGGAGGGAAUAAAUGACAGCUCUGGAGAAAGACCAGCUGAUGUGUCCCAGGAGAGGUGAUGAGGAGCAAGAAACCACUUCACCCACUGGUCUCGAGAUUGUGUAUUAGCUACAGGGUUCGAUUACCAAUGUGUUUUUUUUUCAUAUUUUUUCCUCAGUGGAGGGAAGAUAUUCUUUUUAAGAAGCUUCAGUCAAACGGAUAUAAUAAUUAUGUAGUGAAAAACUGAUUAAAGUUAAUGCUAUGAGUUUAUGAUUUAGCUUAAGAGUUUAUUUCCCAGUGUCAACAAAAGCUUUAAUAAGAUUAAAACUUUAAUAAGAUCAAUGAGGGUCUUGAAAACCUUUGCUUUCUUUGUAUUAUAAAAUGCCUUAAUGACCCAUAUUGUUGAAGAAAAGUUAAUAGUGUAUUACUAUCUUCUAUUUAUAGUGUACUACAUGGGAGAUCAUUCAUUUGUCUGUGAUACUAAUAAAUCUGAUGUUAUUUGUACCAUUUAUAUGCAUUAAAACAAUUUGUAUAUUGGUUAUAUACCAUUAUAUUUUCAGUUAGUUUUGGUUUCAAAAUAAAUUUUGGUGUGAAUAGUUAUAAUUUGUUCCAUAAUUGGUGUGAAUCUAUGAUGUUUACCUUUGUGGAAUUGGUUUUCUGAUUUAGAUCUGAUAUGACCUGAUUCUUUCAUUUUAUUUUGAACAAGCACAAAAUGCUAUUGAACCCACCGCAGCGUGCCAUAUGGAGAGGAAAGACAGGAGAAUAUUGAGUGGUAUAUACAUUUUUGUGAGGCUUCUUUGUGAACCUAGUCUGUGAGGAGUAAUAUGCAUUUUGCUUUGAGCAUUCAUUGUGUAUACAUUUACAGGAGUAUUUGAAUAUCACAGUUAUGCACUUUUGCACAUGUUCAUGCAUAUACAUAUAUGUGUGUGCAACCAUUCACAUUCACAUGUUCACAUCUAUAGAUAUAUGCAUGCAAAAGUUCAUCUGCAAACGUGAAUGCAUAAGCAGAUUUGCACACGUAUAUGCACCCCCCCCCCCCCCACGCACACACGCACACAUGCACUAACACACACAUGCUCACAAACACACAAAUAUCAAUACACCCACACAGUCUCACACUCAUACAAACACACAUGUCAGUACAAAAGAUGAGAAUGUUUUACACAUAAAUGUAUUUACUCUUGUAAGGUUGUAUAUGGUUCUGUGAGAUGAUGGUUCUGAAAAUUUGAAUUAUUUUUAUAUUUUAUGGUAAUUUGAGGAAUUUGGUACAGUUAUAAAUUACAAUUUCCAUAAGUUUCAACGGAAUAAAAUCUAAUUUAGUAAUUGCUUUGAUGUUAUUUUCAUUUUUUCUCUUUGUUAUCUGAAACAGUAACAGACACAACAAUAGCUCUCGUAAAUGAGGAAAUUAAUCAUGUCUUUAUUUUACUUGCAUGUCCUUUAUCUUAGGUAAGGAAUAUUUGCUUUCUGUGUGCAUAUUUUAUGUGCACUUCUUAAGAAGUUCAUUUUGCAAUAACAGUUUUUGUGCUUUUUUGAUAUUUCUUUGUUUAAUCUGAACAUUCAGUGUUAGUUUAUGUAUUAGCACUUUUUUCUAGUUGUUAACUAGAACUUUAGGGCCAGAUCUUUAAUGAGUUAGGCAAUUAAUGGUCUCAUAUAGCUUCAGAUUUUCUACAUAUGCUUUAAAAUAGACCAUUUUACACAAGUGGCAGCAUUUUCUCAAUUUUUAAUCUUUACUUCUUUGACCUCUCUUCUUGCCUGGAUCUUUACUCCUUUCUCCCUCUCUACUUUUUUCUUAUUCUCUCUCUUUACACCUCUGUAUCUCGAGUAUUAAUGUGGACAACUAGCCAUAAUGAUAUUUAGAUGUGUGUACUUGAUAAUUGCAAUGAAAGAAAAGACUUCUCCUCUCUUGAUAUCAAGAGAUGUAUGAUUGGUCAUUGUCAUGCAAUUCUGUAGCUUAGUUUAGCAUUAUCCUCAUGUUAUUGUGCUUUUCUAAUAUGGUUAUAAUCUGUACCACUUAUUUAUUAGAUGUAUUAGAACCGUAUGUUGUAUGAUAAUGGAGGGUAUUAGAAAUUGAAAGUACCUAAUGAAUCAUAACCAUAGAGAUACAAAUUGUAUCACUGUUGCCUUUUCAUGUGCCUUGCGAAACUAAGGUUGUCCCCUGUAUGUUUUCUCCAAGCCUUACUUUUGAUUCUAAACAGUCCAUCCAUUUUUAUAUAGCACAAAUGUACUUGGUUGUAUUGGGUAUGUCAGUCGUUCAUAUUAUUAACGGUGUCAUUUGUUUCUUCUGAAGUAAAGCUAUAGAUAUUGAGGAUUAAUGCUGAAUAUCUUCAAGGGAGAUGUAUGCAGCAGCUAGAUUAUAUGUUUGUAUCUGAUAUCUAGAAAUCUUCAUGAUGAAUAGUAAUCUUUUUGUACGAUUUUGUUUUUUAUAGGGGUCUAGUCAAGACAAAUUUUGUAUUAUUAGGUUUCUUGGAAUUCAGAGUAUUGAUCUGUGCUGAAAUAUUUGACUUGUUUUACUGAAGAAUUCUAAUGUAAUAUCCAUUCUUUUGGGGGGUGAAAUAUUUUUUAAUGGAUAUUUUAUGGUCUUUUUGUUGCUCAAGACAUCAUUUCUUCUUAGUUCGGAAUUUUGUUGGAUCAUUCUUGAAAAAUGUUACUUUUACUAUUUUAUGUUAAGGUUUGUCUGGCAGAGAAAUUGCUGUCAGUUAAUGAUGUGGUGCUUUAUUUAUGAAAUUUUGUAUGAUGGAUGAAAUUCCUUUAAAUGUUUUGAUUUUAGAUUUACACAAAAGGUUUAGAUUAUAGGGAACAGAAGAAAAUUUGUAAAUAUGAUAUUUUUAUGAUUUCAGGAAAGAUACAGAUAUUUGCUAUAAUUUCAGACAAUAUACAGAUAUAGAUAUUUAUGAUUUUAGACAAUAUACAGAAAAUUGUUUAUGUAUCAUAGAUAGAUAGUUGCCGGUAUCAGGGUAGAUAUGACAGCUUACUUAAUAAAGAUACCAAAAAUUACAAAGCCAAAUUAUAUGUUUCACAAGUUUUUGCUUAGGUAUGCUAGUAGCACAGAUAACACAAUACUAAAGUAAUUAUAUUAGGAUUUUAUGAAGCCAGUGAUAUUGAGACCUCAGAUUUUCAGGUUGUAAGAAUGAGUGAUAUUUUGAUUUUGGAAAUAAUAUAUGUUUCUUUCUGGUUAUUAGAGAAGAAAUUAAGAAUUGCAACUCCACUCACUCACUGUUACAACUGGGUUAUUGGGGGAAAAUUAGUAGGAAUUAGAAAUUAGAUUUGAAGAUUUAUUUUUACAAACUUUUUUUUUUUCUUUUUAUCCAUAGAAUCUCAGGUACAGAUGAUACAGUUGCCAGUUACUAAUGUGUUGUAAGUGUUAUCUUUAUAGGAUACAUAUUAUUAUCCUAAUAGAAUCUAUAUUACAGUUCUUCGUUUGUUGAUUAUUGUGAAUGGCCUGAAUUUUGUAUAUACUGUUAUGUAUUCCUUGUUUACAGUGGUUGUUAAAGCACAAUCAAAUUUCUCUGGAAUUUAAAUGUGCUUCCUUUCUUGAUUAUGAAACAUAUCUUGCUAUGUUUAUGGAAGUUGAAAUGUGAGAUUAUAGUGUUUAAAAAAAAAAAAAAGGUUGGCCCUAUGUUUAGGCAGAUUCUCAACAGUUUUUUCUUGGAAUGACAGCAGCUGCGAGGACUGUUGGUACGACUGUGUUGAGUAUAGCUUGCAAAUGUUUUGUUACUUGUUGAUAAAUUGUUUGUUAAUGAAAUAAUUAUAACGUGAAGCUUUA